CUUAGUUACUUUUCGGAAACGGAACUCUUUUAAACUGUAAUUCUUGUGUUGUGAAUAAACAUUAAGUUUACGGACUAAUUUCAUUUAUUUAAUUUGUAAUUAAUUUAGACACUAGUUAAUCAAAAUGGCUAAUACAACAAUUUCAAAGAAAAGAAAGUUUGUAGCCGAUGGUGUUUUUAAAGCUGAAUUAGACGAAUUCCUUCGUCGAGAAUUGGCUGAAGAUGGUUAUUCUGGUGUCGAACUUCGUCUCACUCCAAACAGGACAGAAAUUAUUAUUCUUGCAACUAGGACUCAAUCAGUUUUGGGAGAGAAAGCCCGAAGAAUUCGUGAAUUGACUUCGGUUGUGCAAAAGCGUUUCAAUUUCCCUGAAGGAGCUGUCGAGAUGUACGCCGAAAAAGUUAGUGAUCGAGGUUUGUGUGCUAUUGCACAGUGUGAAUCUCUCCGAUACAAGCUGAUCGGAGGUCUCGCUGUCAGAAGAGCAUGUUAUGGUGUUUUACGUUUCAUUAUGGAAUCUGGAGCUAAGGGAUGUGAAGUUGUCGUUUCCGGAAAACUCAGAGGGCAGCGAGCUAAGUCCAUGAAAUUUGUUGACGGAUGGAUGAUCCACGCUGGUGACCCUUGUAAUGACUACGUUGACCAAGCAGUCAGACACGUCCUUCUAAGACAAGGAGUUUUGGGAAUUAAGGUUAAAAUUAUGUUACCUUGGGAUCCAACCGGAAAGAAAGGUCCCAAAAAACCAUUACCUGACAACGUUUCUAUUCAUGAACCUAAAGAAGAAAUUAUCCCAACUCAACCUUAUUCAGAACCUAAAAUUCCUAAGCCUGUUGGUCUCGAGCCACCUAUGGUAAUUGCUUAGAGUACAGUAAACAACUUAAGGAAUUGUAUCGUCCAAAUCGUGGAUUAAAAUCUUUGUUAAUUUAA